CUCCGGUUACGCGAACCGGUUGUUAUCCUUAGGAACUGGUCACCGCACUAUCUUCUCCUUCCCUGUUCUACCAUCUCUCGAUUCUUAUUAGCUAGGGCUUCGUGAUUCCGUCUUUCACCCCGAUUUUACCCUCCGCCGAUCCGCGAGGGAUUCAAUUUCUAGAAAGAUAUUUCUUUCGUCGUAGAUCGGUUUCCCUUUACUGUGGCAAUAUGUCUUCGGCAUCCUCCUAUUGGUGCUACCGCUGCAGCCGCUUGGUCAGGGCGUGGCCGCAGGAUUCGAUCGUCUGCCCGGACUGUGAUGGUGGCUUCCUCGAAGAGGUCUCCACCCCACCCCGCCUUGCCCGCCAGUAUCUGCAUGGUGGUGACGAGGCCUCACCCGCGACACCCAGGAUUCGGCGCCACCGACGCGCCGGCGUUGGAGAUCGCUCCCCCUUCAACCCUGUCAUCGUGCUCCGUAGCCCGGCCGAUGGUGGUGUAGGUCGCGACGCAGAUCGUUUCGAGCUGUACUACGACGACGGGGCGGGAUCUGGUUUGCGCCCCCUUCCACCUAGCAUGUCAGAAUUUCUGAUGGGUUCCGGCUUCGAGCGGCUUCUCGACCAGCUUGCCCAGAUCGAGAUCAACGGCCUUGCUGGCCGCAGAUUCGAGCAUCCGCCGGCAUCUAAGGCCGCCAUCGAGUCUAUGCCGACGGUCGAGAUCUCUGCCUCUCAUGUUGGAUUGGAUUGUCACUGCGCCGUGUGCAUGGAAGCGUUUGAGAUCGGGACGGAAGCAAGGGAGAUGCCAUGCAAGCACAUCUAUCAUCAAGAUUGCAUCUUUCCAUGGCUCUCGAUACGGAAUUCCUGUCCAAUAUGCCGGCACCAGAUGCCGGCUGACCAAAGGGGUAAUGGAGCUGCAGAGGCCCAAGUGGAUGCUCGGAGUACCGCUACGGUUAGUGAGGACGAAACUAUGGGACUCACUAUUUGGAGGCUUCCGGGUGGUGGGUUUGCGGUUGGGAGGUUUUCCAGCGGGGCGAGUGCAGGGGAGCGCCAACUUCCGGUUGUUUACACUGAGAUGGACGGCGGUUUCAACUCCGGUGGUGCGCCAAGGAGGAUAUCCUGGACUGAGAGAGAGAGCAGGAAUCAGCAGAGGGGAGGAAUUGGCCGGUUGUUUCGCAAUUUCUUCUCUUUCUUUGGGAGACGGCGAUCCUCGUCUUCUCGAUCAUCGCCCUCUUCUUCACCAUCAAGUUCCGAGUCUGCAGCUUCUGAGAGGCACCGAAGAAGCAGAGUGUUUAGGUUCAACAGUGGCCUUCCUUCCGUUGGGCAAUGAAUGGUUUUAUUUGAAGAGAGAAAAAAUGAUCAUUGCUAUGUAUGAGAGAGCUUUAAAUAUUUUAUGUUGUAAGCGCAGUUUUUUGCUCCGGCUCAUUUAGGGAGGGGGGCUCAUUGUAAAAGCUGAAGAAGGCUUGAUGUUUCAUAUUUAUAAAACCAGUGUAAAUAGAAAUGUUGGAAAAGAAUUGCAGGGUUGCAGGCCUAUUCUUGUAGAAA